CGUAAAUUAAUUUGUACAAGUCUGAUUUAACGACUUUGGGAAAUUCAAAAGAACUAUGACUUUAUCUGAUUUAACGCUUUAGCCCCCCCCCCCCACCCCCUCACUCUACACACACUUAACUAUAUUUUUCAAAUUUCCUUUCCAGCUUGCAAGCAGUUUUAGUCUAAAGUUUAAGCUAGCCCAUUAAACAAUGACCCCUUGUGAUAUGAGGCGAUUUUUUCAAUGCUUAGAACAUGGUUGUCAACAUUCCCCUGAAUGAGGCCCUAGUCCAUCAGUGCUUUCAGCACUUUGAUUUCUUUUUGUUAUUUUUAUUGAUUAAGAAAAUCGUUAUUGCGGUGGCUGUCUCCGUUGCAUAUAGUAGGUAGGGCGGGGCUUCCUUUGAUUUUUUCAGUUGUUACCUUCAAAAAACAGCGAAGAAAUACAGACAUUUCAACAAGUGGAGCAAUGUUUUACGUUUUUGUCACUGUUUGCAAAAUGGUACUAUACUUUUAUAUUUACAAAUAUUUUGUAUCACGUUUAGAUCCAUAGCUUUUGAUGAUGUCUGAUUCCUGGCAACACGCUGAAUCGUUCGCUGUCACAAACGCACACAUGCUAGAUGCUAAAGUGCUGUGUGACGUCACUAUCAUGGCAGGAGAGGACAAACAGGAAGUAAAGUGUCACCGGUUCAUGCUGGCCAGUCGAUCCCCGGUCUUCCACACGAUGUUCUGUGGUUCACUUCCGGAAGCUGGUGUCGUCGAGAUCCCGGAUGUGGAAGCAAGCGUCUUUAGGCAAGUGAUCAGGUUCAUGUACAGUAACGAAAUACAGUUAAUGCCCGAAUCCGUCAUGGCUCUUUUGUAUGCUGCAAAGAAAUACGACAUCGAGCCCUUGACAAAUCGCUGCAAGACCUUUUUAGAAAAGGAAAUUGCAGUCGACAAUGUUUGUACCAUCAUUGACGAAGCUGUGAAAUUCGAUGAAAAAGACUUGAUUCAGCAAUGUCUUAUCUUUGUAUCAGAAAACAGUGACCGUGUGUUUCAAUCCGACGGAAUCAUGAGUAUUUCACCUGAAGCACUUAGAUUGGUACUUGAGAGGGUAAAGGGAGAACGGAAACUUCAGCCAGGAGAGGUGUACGCAACAUGUAUGAAAUGGGCGGAGCUAUCUUGCAUGAAGGAAGGCAAAGAUAAUGUGACGAGUGAAGACCUCAGACAACAUCUUGGCGAUAUGAUACUUCUUGUCGAUUUUGCUCGAAUGUCUUACGACUCUUAUAUAGAUAACGUUGUUGAGGACGACAUUUUGUCCAAUAUCGAAAAAGUCCAAUGUAUUAAAGAAAUGAGGCUCUGUCGUAGAAUGCCUUCUUUAAUAGCAAGAUUCGAAGGAAUUCAAUCUGGAUGGCUCCAUGACGGAUCUCUAGAUGGUAUAAGUUUCAGUUCGUCAGAACGUUUGAAUUGUUGUAGUGUAGCUCUUUAUCGUCCUGUUAGAGCUGGUAACUUGACUGGUACACUGGAAAUCCUUGAGGAUCAAGAAAUAGUACUGACCCAGAAUGUCACUAUUUCGUAUAAAGGCGACGAAAAGUAUGAGAAUGUCAGUCUUGUAAAGGAGAUUACCAUUCGCGAAGGAGUAAUUUACUCAGUACGCCAAAGACUAAAAGGACCAUAUUCAUAUUACGGUGAAAAUCGUAAAGAAACAGUCCUAUUGAACGGCGUACGAGUAAAAUUCAUAGACCUCAAGCAUGGAAAAUUAGACCACCGCACAUUCUUACAAUGCGGUCAAAUACAUGGUCUUACGCUUAAACAAUAAACAUUGGCGGAUGAUUUUAAAUAUAGAAACUGGUGUGACAAAAUAAACAAAGCAUAUUUCUGUAGCCAUAUAGUUUAUAAAGUCGUUCACAUAACUGUACAUGAAUAUUCCUGAUAAAUACAAAUGCAAAUAUUAAUACAUAAUAUAUUUA